UACCAUGGCCAUAAGAAUUAUAUUUCUUGGGUUCGCAAUGUUCGUCGCUACUGCAGAUGGAGACAGCGGCAGCCAGUCUGAGCUGAAAACCCGCGGCUUAGUGCUGCCAGCAUUCACUGCGUUAAACGACGAUGGGACUAUUAACUAUGAAAAUAUACCUGCCUACGCUAAAUAUUACGCUGAUCAUGGAAUCACGUCUGUUUUAGUUGGUGGAACAUCCGGCGAACAUACGAGCCUGACGGUGGCAGAUCGUAAAAGUCUGAUAGAUGCUUGGCUAAAGGCUGGAAGAGAACAUGGUUUGAAAAUCAUGGCCCAGGUUGGGGGAGCUCCAUUGCCCGAUGUCUUGAACAUGACGAGUUACUACGCUUCAGCGGGAGUAUCGACCAUCCUAACAUUACCAGAGUUAUAUUUCCGACCGAAUACAGUAGACGAGCUGGUGGACUACGUAGCGUUGGUGGCGAAUGAGGCAGAUAAUUUGCCAAUUCUGUAUUAUCAUUACCCUAAGAAAUCUAAUGUAAAUAUGAACAUGCCGAAUUUCGUGAAGACAGCUACAGAGCGAAUCCCUAACUUCAAAGGCCUAAAGUACUCGGCAAGUGAAUUGGGCGAGGCAUAUGAGGUGUUAAGGAUUUUGAAGCCUGGUCAAGAAAUCUUUUUGGGUUCCAGUAUUCCGCUAGCAGCAGGUGCAUUCCUAGGCAUCAAAUCGUACAUCGGCGGCCCUCACAAUUAUUUUCUCAGCCUGGUUCAGGAUAUAAUGGCAGCAGUGGAAAGGAAUGACGUACAAAAGGUUAGAGAGUUACAGGAGACAUUGACUGCGGGACAGGAGGCAGUUAGCAGAGAAGGAACUGCAGGCGCAUCGAAAGCUGCGAUGGAACUCAUAACAGGCCUUAGAAUGGGUCCACCACAUCUUCCCCAGAAACCCAUUUCAGAAGAAUCCAAAAACAGACUGAAGCAAAAUCUUUUAAAACUCGGCUUUGCUACCCAGUGAAUACGGUUAAGGUUUAAAGAUACUCAAACAAUAAAAAUGUUAUAUCAUUAUAUCUAAGUUAAUUGGAAAUGAAACUAUUUCUCCGAUCCCAAAUGGAGUGACGGGGUGAACAAGUCGUGUACUCGGGUGUCUAGUGGUGAGUGACGCUAGCACGCCUGUGUUACAUUUAAUUUCCGACAAAACCACAGCAAUUAUGUUUCUAUAUCUUAUUGCUAAAAUAAAACGAUAAGGAGUAUUUUUUAAUGUAUAUAAUAUUACGUAUACACAACACCUAGGUACGUGUAUUAGUAUUGAAAUAACGAUAUAGACGCAUAUAACACUUUCAUGUCCCGCUGCUGGACAUUGGUCUCAUCAAUGAAUAGAAAUUAAGGUUCACCGAAGUGGUACAAAGCGGGCUGGGUCUUUACAUGUUUUUAAACAACGUUGAACUUUUUCUGUUGAAGGUUCCGUCACGAUAUAUUCUUGAAUCGUUUGAUUACAUGUCGCGCUUGACACCACUGAGGUAUUUCUGGUUAUACCUAAGGAUAACUACAAAUUAAACGUAACAAUAGAAAUCUACAUCAAUUAAGCAAGUUAUAGUAACCAAAAUUUACAAUCACAUAUCAAUUUACAUAAAAGAAAUUAAAGAAUUAAAAAUUUUCUCUAAAAAUUUAAAAGA